AUGAGUUCUGACGAUCAGUUUACGUCUAUACAAUGGGAUAGAGAUGAAGUAGGGUCUAAUAAAGAGACAAAAGUGAAUAAACAGGAGACAAUUACUGAAGAUGAUGAGCAUCAUAAUAAUGAUAACGAAGAUAAGGAUAAGGACACAACCGUGCAGAAUAGGGUCGAAAACCCUCAGGAAGAUGAAGAAGCUAAUGAAAAUAAUGAUCCUUCAGACUCAUUGAUUCUAUCCAAGACUGGAGAUGAAAUUAUAGCCAAUGUUGAAUCUCAAAACGAAGGUGACCACACUAUGAGUGAACCAGGUAUUAAGGUACCAACGUCUGAUAGUCUGGGUGAAUCGUACGAAAUUAAGGUUUCUGUUACGUCACCAUUAAGAGAUUUAGACAGUUCGUCGAAACCGUACAUUUCGUAUUUAUUGACAACUACCACUGAUCAUCCGUCUGUGUUGAAGCUUUCAUCUGUGAAGAAAGAGGAGGGUAGAAAUACCGUCGAAGUCACAGCGAGAAGAAGAUAUGGUGACUUCAGGUUUCUCUAUGACUGCUUGAGCAACGAUCACCCUGAAGUAAUGAUGCCACCGUUGCCUUCUAAGCUGAACUUUAAGUAUUUGACGGGUGAUACUUUCAGUACAGAGUUUGUUCACAAGAGAUUGCACUCGUUAGAUCGGUUUGUGCGUUUCAUCACUAGUCAUAAGGUUUUGUCUCAGCUGUCCAUUUUCCAUUUAUUUGUUAGUGAUUCUGCGGACUGGUCGACAUUCCAAAAGAACUUGAAGAUCAGCAAAGUGGGCGUACAAGAAUCAGAUGCAGAUAAGGGUAACUCUUCAAUGACAUCGAACGUGGUGAACAAAGUAGUUAAUGAAGAGCUUUUGACCGAAACUAUAAUGAACUUUUUGACCCCGUCAAAGCAUAAACGAGAGACUAACAAGGAAAUUCUUGAAAUCAGUGAUAAAUUGAAAAAGCUUUAUGAAAAUUUAAUCAAAUUGGAUAAGAUAUUUACAAAGUUGAACAAGAAGAAUCAUGAUUUGAGUGUUGAUUACGAACAAUUUCUGCAGCAAAUUAUGAAACUAUCAGUGAUCCAGAAUUCUCCAGAGGAACUGACCGAGCCCUCCACCUCUGAAAUCAACGAACAGAAACAGUUUGCGACUAACUUCAAAGUAUUCGCUUCAUCACUCUCAUAUUUCCUGGAUAAUUGGUCCAACUUGCAUAAAUACAUAGACGAAUCAUUUUUGGUAUCUUUGAAAGAUUGCGCCAAGUAUAUCAUAAGUUUGACCAAUCUCAUCGAGUUGCAGCAUAAUAAGAAAAUAGACCUUCAAGUAUUGCAGGAUUAUCUUAACAAAGCCAAGGCCGAAUUACAGGGCUUGGGAGGGUCUCACAGCGCUCCUCCAAACCCAAUUAUAGCCCACAACAGUGGAAUAGUCAAUAACACCACUCAGCUCAUCAGAGACACAUUAUCUACGUCGGCCACCCCAAAUAUCGGCUCAUCCGUCACUGAAAGCAAAGUCACCAAGUUGCAAAACAAAAUAGCCGAAUUGGAAAACGAAAUCUCCGUACAGUCACAGUUGGUCCUCGACUUGACAAACAAGAUAAUCAAUGAGGAAUAUCCAAACUGGGAUAAGUUCAACAAGGUUGAGUUGAAGGAAUCCUUACUUGGUCUAUGCAAUGAGGAAAUUAACUUCUACAAGGGUCUAGUGGAAAAUUGGAGUGACGUUGAAUUGAAAUUACUUAAAAGAUUAGACGAAUUGAAAUAA